GCAUACAUAAUAGUCUUCCAUAGUUCUAUUCUCCUUCUCGAUUGGGGAAAACCUAAUUCAGUUGUGAAUUUGCAAUCCAACCGCUUCGUUUUUCCCAAAAUCUCAUUUAAAAAAUAUAUAAUCUUUUCUAUUUCAAAGAAUUUUUAUUUUUAUUUUUUCUGUCAGCUUACAGAAUUCAAAUCUGUCACACUUCAUCCACGAAGGAAAAUUCAAAUCUGAAAAACUUGGGGGAUGUUCGAAGUUAUUUUAACUUGUUGCUGGAAUCUGUGAUAGGUGCGAUGAGAAUUACGGAUUUGGUGCAUUGAUCUGAGAGCAAUUGAGGGGUUGAAUCGAAGUGGAAUGGCGGGGCAGGGUAUGGAGCAAUUUGAAGUCUACUUUCAGAGAGCAGAUUUGGAUCGGGAUGGUAGGAUCAGUGGAGCUGAAGCUGUUUCUUUUCUCCAAGGAUCUAAUCUACCGAAACAGGUUCUAGCUCAGGUGUGGAUGCAUGCUGAUCAGAGUCAUAGUGGUUUCCUUAGCCGUGGGGAGUUUUAUAAUGCUCUGAAACUAGUGACAGUAGCACAGAGCAAGCGAGAGUUAACACCAGAAAUUGUCAAGGCAGCAUUGUAUGGCCCGGCUUCAGCUAAAAUCCCAGCUCCACAAAUAAAUCUUGCAGCUAUACCUGCACCACAGUCAAAUUCAGUUGGUGCUGCACCUGCACCUGUACCCGCACCGCAGAUGAGAACAGUUGGACCUCAGGUGGGUGCUGUUACUCCAACUGUUUCUCAACAUCCUGGGUUCAGAGGACAGGCACCACAGAGCCAGCAGUACCUCCCAUCUCAAGGUAGUCAUCUGAUGAGGCCUCCUCUUGCUGCGCCUUCUACCGGUGUUGUGCGACCCCAGCAUGGUGUUGCUGGUUUGGAUUUCCCCAGGGGUGGUGGUGCAGUUACUUCUGGCCCUCCAGCCCUGCAUGGUGUUGCUGGUGGGACAACCAGUGGACCAACUAGACCUACACCUAAUAGAGGAAUUACUCCAAAUACUCUAGUUGCAUCAAGGUCUCUGGACUCAUUGUCAGCUAUAGUUAGCCCUCAGAAUGAGAAUACUUCAGACUCAAUGUUUGGAGGAGAAGCCUUUUCUGUGUCCCAAACUUUACCCAGGCAGGGUUCUGCUCCUCCCUUUUCAGCAAGUAAUGCACCUGCCUCCACUGCCUUGGCUCCAGUUACUUCAGGUUCUCAGUCUUCAGCUAAGCCUGACCCCUUUGAGGCAUUGCAGAGUACUUUUACCAGGCCAUCUAGUGGUAGUCAGCAGCAGCUAACACAGCCAACACCAAAAACUAGCCAACAACAUUCUGCUCAAACAACAACGCCACUUCCAUCAUCUGGAAUUCCAGCAGGUGCUGCGAAUUCUACAGCAGAGCAGCCACAGCCUUCUUGGCCAAAAAUGACUCGAGCUGGUGUUCAGAAGUAUGCAAAAGUGUUCAUGGAAGUGGACACUGAUAGAGAUGGAAGAAUCACCGGGGAACAGGCACGCAAUUUGUUUUUGAGCUGGAGGUUGCCAAGAGAGGUCUUAAAGCAGGUCUGGGACUUGGCUGAUCAAGAUAAUGACAGUAUGCUAUCUUUGAGGGAGUUCUGCAUUGCUCUCUAUUUGAUGGAGCGAUACAGGGAAGGCCGGCCCAUUCCUUCAACACUUCCAAAUAGUGUUUUGCUUGACGAGACUCUGAUUUCCUUAGCAGGUCCUCCAACUGUUUCUUAUGGAACAGCUGGCUGGGGGCAAACACCUGGCUUGCCCCAUCAAGGCUUGCCUGGCGCACAGCAAAGCUCACAUGCUGGUCUAAGGCCUCAGAUGCAACCCAUGGCUCCUCAGCCUGACGGAUCAAUGCAAUUCAAUAAGCAAAACACAGGAUCAUUAACAAUGGAGAAUUCUAAUCCAAACCAGUUAAGUAAUGGGGAGCAGAACACAUUAGAGUCAAAGGGGGAAGAGGAAGGAGAGAAGAAGGUUGAGGAUAAGGAUAAGUUGAUUCUGGAUUCUCGGGAGAAACUAGAGUACUAUAGGACCAAAAUGCAGGAUCUCGUUCUCUACAAAAGUAGAUGUGAUAACCGGCUCAAUGAAAUAACAGAAAGGGCUUUAGCUGAUAAACGUGAGGCUGAGUUGCUUCAAAAGAAAUAUGAAGAGAAGUACAAGCAAGUUGCAGAAAUUGCUUCUAAAUUAACAAUUGAAGAGGCUGCUUUUCGUGACGUUCAGGAGAGGAAGCUGGAGUUACAGCAGGCUAUCGUAAGAAUGGAACAAGGUGGCAGUGCAGAUGGUAUUCUUCAGGUUCGUGCUGACCGCAUUCAAUCUGAUCUUGAGGAGCUUCUGAAGGCCUUGACAGAGCGUUGCAAGAAACAUAGUGUAACCAUUAAGUCCACUGCAUUAAUUGAGCUUCCCCAUGGUUGGCAGCCCGGUAUUCCAGAAAUAUCAGCUGUUUGGGAUGAAGAUUGGGACAAAUUUGAAGAUGAAGGAUUUUCAUUUGAUGUUGCUGUGUCUGCAACUGCCAAAUCAACAUCACAUCAGAGGGAAAAUUCUCCUACUCGCAGUAAUUCCCCCAACUCCAUGUCAAAUGCUGAGGCCAAGUCAGAACAACUUUUUAGUCAUGGAGUUAGUACUCUUGAAACGGAAUCAACAUAUGCACACAGCGAGGAUGAGUCAAAAAGCCCUCAGGGUAGUCCUGCAGGACAAAGAGCAUUUGAAAGCCCAUCCCAGGAAUUCUCUGAUGAUCAUUUUGGAAAGAGUUUUGAAACAGAUGCUGAAACUAAUCGAAGCUUUGAUGGAUCUGCUUGGGGUACCUUUGACAAUAAUGAUGACGUGGAUUCUGUGUGGGGCUUCAGUGCAAAGGACUCAAAUCAUGAUAAACAUGGGGAAAAUUAUUUCUUUGGGUCGAAUGAUUUUGGUGGAAGUCCAGUGAGAACAGGAUCCCCAGCAGCAGAGAGUAGAUUUCAGAAGAAUAGCCCAUUCACCUUUGAGGAUUCUGUUCCUGGGUCUCCCCUCUCAAGAGCUGGGAAUUCACCACGAAGAUACAGUGUUGGAUCAGGUGAUCCAUUUGAAAGUUUCUCGAGGUACGAUUCCUUCAGUACUCAUGAUCGCACCUCUUCCCCCCAACGAGAAACUCUCACGAGGUUCGACUCCAUGAGCAGCACAAGUGGCUUUGAUCACAGCCGGGGGUUCUCUUUUGAUGAUUCUGACCCAUUUGGGUCUAGCGGUCCAUUUAAGGUAUCUUCAGAGAGUCAAACCCCUAAAAAGAGUACAGAUAGUUGGAAUGCUUUCUAGAUUGUAAUUUUGGCACACGGCCAAGUUUUACCAGAGCAUUGCACCAUAUGUUGUUGGCGAUAACAAAUCAUAUGACAGAUUCUUAAAGUUUUGUAUACGACAUAGUCCGGCUGUUAAGGUCUGAUGUCUCUGCCGCAGUGCAGCAGCAUCCAUUUGUUGAAGCAAGCGUUCCAGAUUGAGAUAGAAGUGGAGGGUGUUUAAACUUGGUGGCAUGCACAUAUUUUUGUUUCUUGACUUUUCAGGAUCAUCUUGGUUUUUGCUUUUUCCUCCAUUGUUAUUUGUUGUGGUAUAAACUACUCGUGGAAUACGCAAGGUAGUGUGCUCGGCCUUUGGUUUUAAUCUUUCUUGAUUAUUUCAACAAAGUUUUUAUGUUGUGUCUGUCUUAUUGAAUUUUAUGUUCAAAUGAAAUAAACGUAAAGUUGAAAUGUUGAA